AUGAAGCCGGUUGUGGGGAUCGUGGUGUCGAACAAGAUGCAGAAGUCGGUGGUGGUUGCGGUGGACCGCCUCUUCCACCACAAGAUGUACAACCGCUACGUCAAGCGCACCUCCAAGUUCAUGGCGCACGACGAGGAAGACUCAUGCAACAUUGGCGACCGGGUCGGCCAAUCAUUUGUGCAUGCUCACCUCAGAAAUGUGGCGAACUGGGGAUUGAUUGAAACCACAAAGCAAAUUUUCUAUUGUUUGAAGAUGUUAUUAGUGUAUUCAAACCUGUACAUUUUUGGUCUUUGGUCUCAACCUGCAGUUAGGCUGGAUCCUUCUAGGCCCUUGAGCAGACAUAAGCACUGGGUGGUUGCUGAAAUUCUUCGGAGAGCUAAGGUGUAUGUUCCACCAGCUGCAACAGCGUCCAGUGAACAUGAUAGCAAAUCUCAACAAGCUGGUGUUGCUACCAAAUGA